GGCGCGGCGGCCAUGGCGGCGGCCGGGGAGGGAGGCGGCGGCGGCGGCGGCCCCCAGGAACAGGCGCUGGCGGCGGCCAGGCGAGCCCCCCGCCGAGUGGUCCACCACAUCCCCCAGGAGAUUCUCUCUGAUCCGGAGCUCCAGGACGCCGUGGGACGCCUCCCUCACAACUACAACUUUGAGGUCUACAAAACGGUGUGGCGGGUUCGUCAGGCCCAAGCCAGGAGGGUGGCGCUGCAGAUGCCGGAGGGGCUCCUGAUGUUUGCUUGCACCCUUGCCGACAUUGUUGAAAGGUUCACCGGGGCAGAAGCCGUGGUGAUGGGCGACGUGACCUAUGGGGCCUGCUGCGUGGAUGACUUCACCGCACGCGCCUUGGGAGCGGACUUCCUCGUCCACUACGGCCACAGCUGCCUGAUUCCCAUCGACUCCACGCAGGGCCUGAAGAUGCUCUACGUGUUUGUGGACAUCAAGAUCGAUACGGCCCACCUCCUUGAGACCCUCCGCUUCAACUUCCCGGUUGGGGCUAAAUUGGCACUGGUUAGCACUGUCCAGUUCGUAUCUGCGCUGCAGGCUGCCUCCCGGGAACUCCAGCCUGACUACUGCGUCUGGACCCCCCAGUGCAAGCCCCUCUCCCCAGGGGAGCUGCUGGGCUGCACGUCCCCCCGACUGGCCCAGGAGACGGACGCCAUUGUCUACCUGGGAGACGGCCGAUUCCACCUGGAGUCCAUCAUGAUCGCCAACCCUGAGGUUCCUGCCUACAGGUACGAUCCGUACAGCAAAGCCUUCUCCCAGGAGCUCUACGCCCACCAGCGCAUGCAGGAGUCGCGGAAGGCAGCCAUCCGCCAAGCGGCCAGUGCGCGCAAGUGGGGCCUCAUCCUGGGCACCCUGGGGCGUCAGGGGUCUCCGGCCAUCCUGAAGCACCUGGAGUCGAGCCUGGAGGCAGCAGGGCAUCCCUACGUCCGACUUCUCCUCUCUGAGAUCUUCCCCAGCAAAUUGAAGCUGUUUCCAGAUGUUGAGGCCUGGGUGCAGGUGGCGUGCCCCCGCCUCUCCAUCGACUGGGGAGAGGCCUUUGAAAAGCCGCUGCUGACACCUUAUGAGGUGAGGGAAGCUGAUGCCAGGACCCUGAUUGCUCCAACCCAUCCUCUCCCCCGCUCCCAGGCUGCGGUGGCUCUGCAGCAGAUCAAAUGGCAGGAGAUCUAUCCCAUGGACUUCUACGCCGGUCAGUCUCUGGGACCAUGGACGGUGAACCACCCCAGCCACCGGCCCCAGAAGGGGGGCAGGACCACAAAGGUGAACCUGGCCAAAUCUGUGCUCCCACCUGGGAAAGAAGCCCUGAAGAGCUGCUCCUGCCAGGAGACGGAGGAGGAGGCGCCAUCAAACCUCAGAGUGGAGUUGGGAACUCAGACUGGUCCCAGGCAGUGUGUGGAGGAGCAGCAGCAGCAGUAGGGUCCAAGCUUUGGGGCAAAGACACUUUGGGGUGAUUCCCCCAUCCCACCCCCAGGCUCCAGUGGGAAAAAGCACUGUGUGCAAACUCUGAAUAGGAGGGUGCUGCAUUCCACUGCCAGCUCUUUGGGAGGCCUGGUUUUGCCUUCAGGCCUUCCUGCAACCACUGACUUUUGGGGUUCAGCAGCUGUAGAAUCAGAAGUACCUUUGCUGGAGUAAUUAUUGAAGAAAACUGGGGCUUUGCCAGAGACUCUGAAAGUGAAUAUUUUGGCUAAUAACAUUAGCGACUAAGCACAGGCACCUGAAGCUGUGUGGCGAGGAAGGCCUGGCAGCAAUAAGCAGAAAGAGGGCAGGUGUAUCUGGGAGGCGGAGAGAAGGGCCCCCACAAUCAGACGGUAUCUGAGAGUGCAAGAAGUCCUUGUAUCCAUCCAUGCCAGUUGAUAUCAGAGGCGUCCUUGGGUCAAAACGUUUCUGCCUUCCACUCUGCAUUUUUAUGGCGCAGUGGUUAGAAGGCAGCAUUGCAGGCCGACUGCCCACAGCCAGGAGUUUGAUCCUGACUGGCUCGAGGUUUUGACAGCCUUCCGAGGAUGGUAAAAUGGGGACCCAGAUUGUUGAAGGCAACAUGCAAAUAAUGCUGACAUUGUAAACCGCUCAGAGAGCACUGUAAAGCACUGUGAAGUGGUACCUAAGCCAAAAUGCUAUUGCUGCUGUUGACAUGCAUGAAUAAGACUUGCUAUCAAAUCAAAA